AGCUUCUGUGAUGAUGCAAUUGCCAUUUUAAUGCCUUAAUGGGCCCUUGUACUCAAACUAAAAAGCAAAUGUAUGAAGACCAACUUUUCUUACUUAUAUAAAACUAUUGUACGCAACUACGCUGUUUUGCCAGAAAACGGUUUGCUUGUGACAUGCAUGACUAACACGAUGUACUUUGCUAAUGAAUUAAUCAGAAGUUAAAUAUCCUGUAAAUAACUAAUAUUUAUCAUUAGCUAGAAUUUGACUUGCUGCCUAGCCAAUUUCAUUAGCUACCGGAAUUGUCUAACCUCAUAUUAGCAAUAAAACAGUCUAACCUUAGUUUAAUAUAUCCACUUAGUAAAUUUGUGAAAAUUACCUCAAAUUUGAUGGCAAAGGAGACGAUUCUUUGCUUACUCCAGCAUAUUGGAACAUUUUAUUGAGGUAGGACCGAGGUGCUCAUCCGCAAAUUCAACAUGGUAGUUUAUCCAUAUGCAAAUGCAGAUGGAAAGCUCUAACACUUACUGCAUCGUGUAGUGUGAGAAGGUCACCGCAGAUGGCAAACUGACACAAUUCUAGACAGUUUUUCUACAUCAAUGAAUUUGAUUGAUAUAUAACAUGCAGACAUUGGCUAGAUAAGAGAAGAGACCUUUGUGAUUUGUAGCAAGUGCUUUAAAGAUUAAAGGUCUAGAUAAAAAUGUAAGAAUUUUUAAAUAUCACUUUGAAAAGUAUUCAGUUUCAGUAAUACUCACGUAAAGUAUAAAUACGGCAAUGUAAUACUUAAGUAUAGUAACUACGUACAAUUACUGAAGUAUUUUCCACCCCUGUGCACAAGUACAACCCAAAAAUUUGCUAGUGGCUGAUGAUUCUGAGGAUUACGAUCAUAGUUAUAACUUUUUACCAAUUCCAUUUGUUGAAAAAUCUUGUGUGAGUCGAUGUGGAAGUGUGUUGAGUGCUUUGAGGGUGUUGUGUUGAGGACGUGUGAAAAGAACCAUUCGGUUAAAAACAGGAAAUGCAAGGACUGUGAGUUUUACAACACUCCGGAAACUGAGUGUAACACACAGAUGUGAUCACAGUGAGCCCCUGCUCUUGGGUGUCUUUAGUUUCUCACAUUUUCAAGUACACUGUAUCUUACUAUUUUUUUCACAAGUCUGGGAAAUUAUUAUUAUUAUUAUUGUUUUUAACAGGAUAACCGUAUCAUCUUUCUGCUACAAGCCUUUAACGUAAAGUGACAAAGGCGGAUCAAAGAGAGGCGUGGAAAAUCGAGAGGCAGAAAACAGGAGCAGAGGGAGAGAGAGAAAAAAGAGAGAGAAAAAGAGAGUGAAGCAAAGGAAGAUGGAGAGCGUUUUAUCGGAUCAGUCAGCCAGUGUGGAAGAACUGGUGGAAGCCUGCAUCAAAGCUUUCGAUGAUGGAGUGCUAAAGGACGCCUCGGCGGUGCGGCUGUUCCUCAUGAUGCAUCCUUGGUACAUUUCCUCCACUGAUUUUGCCAAGAAACUCCUUCUGAAGUCUCAGAAUUGCUCUGCUGCUUGCUGCUCUCAGAUUUGUCAUCUUGUCAAGUACUGGAUGAGCGAGUUCCCAGCCGAGUUUGACCUGAACCCAGAGCUGGCUGAGCAGAUCCGCUGUCUGAAAGAACUGCUUGAGCAGAAUGGUGAUGUGAGGCGAAGUCUACUCAUAGACAUAGACAGUGUCCCAUCAUAUGAGUGGAAGCGGCAGCUGUCCUCGAGUAUUCAGAAGAAGAGUAAGACCUCUCUGCUAUUUGACCACUUGGACUCCUCGACCCUGGCUGAGCACCUGACCUACAUGGAGUACAAAUCCUUCUGCAAGAUCCUGUUCCAGGACUACCACAGCUUUGUGAUGCAGGGCUGCACUGUGGAUAACCCCAUCCUGGAGCGCUUCAUAACCCUCUUCAACAAGGUGUCACAGUGGAUACAAAUGAUGGUGCUCAGUAAACCUACAGCCCAGCAGAGAGCCACCGUCAUCUGUGACUUCAUUAAAGUGGCCCAGAGGUUGCUGGAGCUGCAGAACUUUAACACUCUAAUGGCAGUGGUAGGCGGUCUGAGUAACAGUUCCAUCUCGAGACUAAAAGACACUCAGGCUCUUAUUAGUAGUGAUGCUCGAAAGGUGUUUGAGGGCCUUGUGGAGUUGAUAACGUCCAGCGGGAACUACAGCCGCUAUCGACAGCGCUUUUCAGAGUGCACUGGCUUCCGUUUCCCCAUCCUGGGUGUGCACCUGAAAGACUUGAUUGCUGUUCACGUUGCCCUUCCUGACUGGGCUGACCCGGAGAAAACCCGAGUCAACCUCACCAAGACAAAUCAACUCUAUACCAUCCUGCAGGAGCUGGCACUGAUCCAGAUCACACCACCUGAAAUUGAUGCCAACCCAGAUCUCCUCAACCUGCUCAUUGUGUCUCUGGACCAGUACAACACAGAGGAAGAGAUCUAUCAGCUUUCGCUGCAGAGAGAACCACGCAGCCUAAAAUUAUCAGCAUCCAGCUCAAACCCACAAUCUCCUCUAAUAGAGCAGUGGGCAUCUUCAAUCAAACCCAAGGCUGAUCCAGUGAUCAUCAACAAACACAUAGAGAAGAUGGUGGAGUCUGUCUUUAAAAACUUUGACACGGAUGGGGAUGGCCACAUCACUCAAAAGGAGUUUGAAAGCAUCAGGAACAACUUUCCUUACCUCAGCAAGUUUGAUGACCUCGACCAAAACCAGGAUGGUAGAAUUAGCCGAGAGGAGAUGAUUAAGUAUUUCGCCAAGGCCAACUCCAUGCUGAAUUGUAAGAUGGGUUUUGUGCACACGUUCACUGCCAUGAACUGCUUCAAGCCCACAGUCUGCCAGCACUGCUCAGGCAUUAUGUGGGGAUUUUACAAGCAAAGAUACAAAUGCAAAGUGUGUGGUGUUAGCUGUCAUAAAGACUGCUGUGCUCGUUUGGCUGUUGAGUGUAGAAAACGGACAAAAAGUGUUAGUUUUGACAGCAACAUUCCACGUAUUAGCCGCUCUUUCAGCUUGCCUCCUUCUACUAGACAGAACUCCAAACCUCAGUGUGCAGUAAUCACAGAAGAGACUCAAGAGAAUCUAGACGAGGAGGUGUUUGAUGACUAUCUUUGAGAAGGAACACUCUGUGCCUGUAAAGCUGUAGAGCCCUGUUAUAUGACCCUGUCAUGGAAGACCACCAUAUCCUAAAACUGUGUGUUUGAAGUUAUUACACUUCCCAUGAUGAAUACUGCCACUCAUCUACCAUUCACUGGCCACUUUAAGACGUUAAGAUCUUCAGCUGUGCAGUUUCAGUAACUCCUGUAGCCUCUGAUUCCAGUUCUUGGCUGAUAGGACUGGAACCUGAUGUGGGCUUCUGUUGUUAUCUCAGGAUUUGGUAUGUUGAGCAUUCUGAGAUGCUUUUCUGCUCACCAUAGUACAGUGUGUCUAUUUGAGUUAGUUUCAGCACUUCCUUUCAGCAUGAACCAGUCUAGCCACUCUUCUCUGACAAGGUGUUUCUACCUGCAGAGCUGCUGCUCCCUGGAUGUUUUUUCCCCUUUUUUGCACCAUUCUGUGUAAACUCUAGAGACUGUUGUUCAUGAAAACCCCAAGAGAUUUUGGAAAUCACAACCAUGCCAUAAUCACUGAGAUCACUGAGAUCACAUUGUUUCCCAAUUCUGAUAUUUGAUGUGAACAUUAACUAAAGUUCUUGACCUGUAUCUGCAUGAUUUUGUGCAUGCACUACUGCCACGUGAUUGGCUGAUCGCAUAAUUGCAUGAAUGAAUAUGUGUACUGGUGUUUCUAUUAAAGUGGCCAGUGAGUGUACAAGUAAAUAAUAAAAAUAAUUUAAAAAGACUUUAGUUUUUACUGCAAUGUUAUGAUUUGUGAUUAAAUGAAAUGUAUUCUUUGUGAGCUUAAUUAAACUGCAGUCUCUGUUGUUUUCUAGUAAACAUUUUUUUUUCUUGAAACUAUAAGUUUGCUGGAUGAUCUGUCUUUGAUUUUGUUUUUCUUUUUUUCAAAUUAAAUUUUGACAAAGCCGCAUUUUAUUUCACUAAAAGAUGAUUUAAUCUGUGAAUUAACAGCCAGAAGGUCGCAUGAAUGACAUUUCCUACAGGUAUAAUGCCCGCUAAUUGUUCUGUGUGACAGUAGGGGGCACUGUUGACACAGCUGGAUUUGUAUCUCUUCCAUGUCUUUGUACAUACAUUUGAGUGAUCAUAAGGUACAUGUGAAUUGCUUCAAAUGUCUCAGUGAAUUUACAAGUGUUAACAUUAAAGGUUUGUUCUUU